CCGCCGGAAAUAGGUGAGACCCGGAAGUGCCCUCCCGCCCUCCGGUGCUCUCGCCAGUCCCGGUCGGUUCUGUUGACGCCGCUGGAAGAUCCUGUGGGUCUGCCUUUCCCAGGCCUGCCGCUGCCGGACCAGCCAUGGACGACACCCUGUUCCAGCUGAAGUUCACGGCGAAGCAGCUGGAGAAGCUGGCCAAGAAGGCGGAGAAGGACUCCAAGUCAGAGCAGGCCAAGGUGAAGAAGGCCCUUCAGCAGAAGAAUGUAGAGUGUGCACGUGUGUACGCCGAGAACGCCAUCCGCAAAAAGAAUGAAGGUGUGAACUGGCUCCGCAUGGCGUCCCGCGUGGAUGCCGUGGCCUCUAAGGUGCAGACAGCCGUGACCAUGAAGGGGGUGACCAAGAACAUGGCGCAGGUGACCAAAGCCCUGGACCGAGCACUCAGCACCAUGGACCUGCAGAAGGUCUCUGCGGUGAUGGACAGGUUCGAGCAGCAGGUGCAGAACCUGGAUGUACACACGUCGGUGAUGGAAGACUCCAUGAGCUCGGCCACCACGCUGACCACGCCACAGGAGCAGGUGGACAGCCUCAUCCUGCAGAUCGCGGAGGAGAACGGCCUGGAGGUGCUGGACCAGCUCAGCCAGCUGCCCGAGGGUGCCUCUGCUGUAGGCGAGAGCUCUGUGCGCAGCCAGGAGGACCAGCUGUCCCGGAGGUUGGCUGCCCUGAGGAAUUAGCAGAGCCGGCCCCAGCGCCCCUUCCUGGCCUGGGGGAAGACUGGGAAGGCCGCCUCCACCCCCUCCCUCUGGUCUGGCCUUUCUGUCGAACAAGCCUACAGCCUGCGACAGCACUGGCCCCUGCUGCUCUCAGCCUCUCACCUGCCAGCCCUGAGACUCUUCCUCUUGUCUGAGUGUGGGCGUGGGUCUGUGCCCUGCAGGGUGAGUUUGCACAAACUUCUGACUUCUGUGAGUGAUUUCUGUGACUCUGGGCCAACCAGCUGGGCAGUCUGAAGGCUCCCUCCAUCCACCACCUGCUAAGAAAUUCACAGGGACUGGCCAGUGGUCUCCAUGUGGAUAUGGGGGCCUUCAGACUCCAUGAUGGCAGACUCAUGGGGAGCAGUCAGCCAGCCGGGGUCAGGGCGGCUCCCUGUUGCCAGCUUCCCCCGACCCCCAGGCUCCCUGCUCCAGCUGGAACCUGGUCCUGCUGCUGGAUGGGCUCAGGCUCUUCCCCCUCCUGGGGGGACGUUUUUCCCGUAAUUGUAGUAACAGGGUGCCUCCCCUGACUGGCUCUUGCUGCAUGGCGGGCCCACGCCAUUGACUUUGAAGCUGGAGUGAUAGAUAGGAGAGCCACAGUGGGGCCCGCGGCAGCACUGGUUCAGAUGACAUGCGGGAGUCUGAGAGGAGCUUCAGACAGGCUGCGCGUUUCUGUUUUCUUCAGUUCCUAAAGUUUACUUCGUUUUCCUGAAGCUCCCAGGGUUUUUUGUUUUUGUUUUUGCCAAAAGAGAAGGAACAGUAGACAGGAAGCGUCAGCUGGCGAGCACUGGUGGUCGGUGCUGACCAGAGGCCUCGGACCAACCGUCCUCACAGCGAUGGCUCUUGUGGACAGAAAUGUGGGAGAGCUUUCCCAAGGCUCACUGCAUUUCCUUCCUCCAGGACUUGGAGGCCACAGGUGUUCUGUACAGUAAAAUAAUGGUGUGAGACCAGAGAGACAGGGAGUCAAGAGUGUCUGGUUUUUCUUAUGUGAUGACCACCUCGCCUUACACUCUCGUCAUCCCUUGGGGUUCCCAUGUGCUGGGGGUCCCAAGAGGGUCCAAAGUGUGUCCCCAGGGGGUGUGGAGCCCCACCAGGACACACAGUGGGGGCAGAGGCUACUCCUCGUCAAAAGGCAGCUGGUGAAGCUUGCCUUUUCCUGAAAUGCUGUUCUGAGUAAAAAAGAUUGACUUCUGAAAA